AUGGCAUUCUUCACGGCGUGGGCGACGUGGCAGAAGCUGGUUUUCAUUCUCGCGUGUGCUAUUGUUAUCACAGUCCUCCUGGGAUGCGCCAAGGUAGCUCAUACACAAUACAAAUUGCGCGCCUACAACGCCGUGGCAGAGCGGGACAAGACAGAAGGCGCGAUCCAUCGACAGAUGAGCCAACGCCGGAGACAGCAAACGGCCAACGACGUGCCAUUCGGUAUUAGAGCCAUCGAGAGCGGUAUCGAAGUUGACGGUGUUUGGGUCUCGCGAAGCAAUACACCAGAGCCAACAUCGAGUCGAGACACAUCGAUAUCCUCAAUGUGGCUCGGUGCUCCACGAACCGAUUUCGCAAUCGAUCUGGAGUCCCAGAACGACAAUUUAUCGUCUGACCAAACUCGGUUCGGACACGCAGACGAAUCGGCCACAGACAUCGCCAACCACACCACAGCUUCUCGAGAGAAGAUUAGGGCCUCAAGAAAUCAGCACCCGCCAUCAUCAUAUGCCAAAUACACAGGCAGCUCAACGAUCUUCAACCAGAACCUCACACCAGCGACAAGUAAGCAUGCCGAUGCAAGCAACCGGGCUUCCAGAGCCAUCAACAGUCUCGACAGCACUGGAUCGGACAGUGGCAAUCGAGGUUCCAUCUACCUCAACAGCCCCAGCAACGAAAUUGGUGCCGCAUCAAUAUCAGCACCCGACCUCAGAGGCCUCCCACAAAGACAAAGACAACAAUCCCUAGAUCUCGACCUCAUGCAAAUCCACCGCAUGUCACAGGCUGCAGAAACCGGACAAUUCGCACCACGAGCGCGAAAGGCAAAUCUCGGUGGUAGCCGUCCCUCAUCAUCCUCAAACUCAGCAAAGCAUUCUCUACGUCUUCGAGCGCGGUCCGAAUCGCCUGUCGCGCGGCCUACCACGGCCGGAAAGACCUCAACAGGGCAAAAUCAAUAUGCUUCGCCGAUAGAUUCCCUCUCAGAAGCGGCCAGACGAUCUACCUUACCAGACGUGACGCCUUUCGCGCAAGUCUGUCGGACAGGGCCACCAUCGCCACAGCUCGAAUCAAGACGGCCAUCGCCAUCGCCGACUUCGUCUGGCAGCUCCUCCAAGCGAAGCACGAACGAGAUCAAGGCCGAGCCUGCUCCCGCGUCGUCGAAUAUGGCACCUACCGCGAAUGAGACCGAGAUCGUGCCCGAGCGAACGGCGCAGAAACACCCCUUGCACCCGUCCUCCGAACAACGCGAAUCGUCCAUCCUGCGUGGCCAUGGCUCUGGCUUCGAAAUCCUAAGACCUGGAACCUUUGCCGCAGAGAGACAGCGAUCCGCACCACCUCUCAGUCUGUACAAUAGCAUGCCGCAAGCUCGACCCAGUAGCACGGAAGGGCCACGAAAACUUCAAAAGAAGCGGAGAUCGAGCGUGGAGUCGAGCACUUCAGGUCGCAGUCGAAUGAGCAUGCUAUAA